AGCAAAACUUCCUUUUGAGUCAAAAGCUCUGUGGGAGUGGACGGAGGUCGAAGGUCACAAUUUCUCUGUCUCGGUUGGUCAUCAGAUGUGUCAGUCCAGACUGGACUAUUGCAUCAACUCGUAAUUGGAACUGAAAAUGCUAAAUAUUUUAGUGCUGCUUGUGACCUCAGCCAAAGUGUGCAUUGUCUAGCUAUGGCAAACAGUUUAUAGGUGUCCUCAGUUCUCCAUGCAAGAAUUCUUCACUUUUACACAACUCACACAGCAUUGACUUCUCUGAGUGCAUGGGUUAUCGUCAACCUCAUACCCAUGCACAUGAGAGCCACCACAAUAAGAAAAUGCAGUGUCGUCAUAGAAGAGAAAGAGUGGAGCAGUGGAAUAAGGGAUGGUUCAAAACACAAACAAGGAGAUGUGCACUUUUCCACUUGUACAAUGAACAGGAAGCCUCGCGGCAGCAUCGUCACCGUGUUGGC